UUAUGACCAAGUUUCGUGAAGAUUGGACUAUUGCAAUAUAAGGAAAACUGAAAAGAAAACAAUAAUAAAAUUAAAGAAAGAAAAAAAGUAACCCUUAACUGGGCUCAAACCACUGAUCCCUGGAGUAAAAGUCUAUCGCUAAGACCAAUCGGCCAUCCGUGCUCAUACAAUGAGCUUCCGUGCUCAUACAAUGAGCUAUGUAUUUUAUACUUUACAUAAGCAAUCCUCAUCGUAUCACAAAAUAAAACGACAACAACAGAACUCUCCAAAUUAUUCAAUCGUUUCGCGUUGCAACGCUUUAUACUUUUCAGGUAUUUUAAUCGUCAAAAGAUGCAUAUGUGACGUCAAUCUUUACGCAGUUUUGUCGUUCCUAGCACUCACAUACAAUUUGAUUCAGCUAUGUUGGUUCUCGUCAAAUCUCUGCGUGGGGGUUGAUGGUUACUGGUUUUGGUUUCGAAUUAGAUGAUUCACAUUUUUUUUCACGGUUACAUUAUAAUAACCUCCCUUAGUUUAACAUUUGCCAAGCAAACAAUAUGGAGAUGUUAAUUUAUAACACAAAAGGUCACAGAGGCAGGUCGAGCUACAAUGACCUCGUGAAGGGGCAAGUAGGACCUGUAACUAAACUCUGGAAUACACACAGUGACACAAGUUAGUCACUUCUGCGGAUGCGAGCAGGACAACAUCUGAAGAAGGGGUGCGGUACUAUAAAGAACAUUUCUCUGGAGCAUUUGGGUAAUUACGUUGACUUCAAACGGUGCUGCCCGGGCUGCAGAGUUUCUGUUGCAAGUUUAGAGUGUCUACAGAGGGUUGGUGUCUACAGAAGUCGUACUAGGUGGUGGACUUUUCACAUAGGGCAUUGGGGUGACGAUUGUGACGAAUAGCUAAAGCUUCAUUGAAAGCAACUGUCCCCUGUUAGUCGCACUAAAAGUUGAAUGGUUGAAAAGUGACGGAAGUAGAAUAUCGGUAAACAACAUUUAUACAGAGAAUGGCUGCUUCCAGUGCCCAAUGCGCCUUACAGGUGGGAAGCUACAUGGUCCAAAGCCGUAGCGAGUGGCCGCGUAGGGGUAGGCACAUCUUGGCACAGUUUGACGAGGAAACUAUCGUCGUGUAUCAGGCCUUCCGGUCGGAUAUAGCGGAGUACGCAGUGAAACAUGGGAAGUUCGGAGGUCCAAGCUACAGUUAUACCCGAAUGACAUGGAUCAAAACGAACUUCAUGUGGAUGAUGUAUCGUUCUGGCUGGGGACAGAAAAAGGACCAGGAGCGGACACUUGCUAUCUUUCUGAGCAGGAAGGGGUUUGAGGAGCUGUUGAAAGGGGCUCAAGGGGUUGGAAUUACAUUGGGAAAAGAUCAACCAGAUGAUGUACGGAUACAGUGGGAUCCCGACCAUGGUCCUACAUAUGGAAAGCUUGAGCGAAGGGCCGUCCAGCUUGGUAUAAGGGGCGCAGCUCUCAAGAAGUUUCAUGAGGAGUACAUACAGCGGAUUGUCGAUAUUAGCGAGUUCGUCAAUGAACAAAGACAAUACGUUGAUGAUGGUAAACUUGACGAGCUACUAAGUCCAAUUGAAAAGGUUUACGUACCUAGUGAUAAACAAAUAUGUGAACACAUCCUAUUGGAGGGAUACGAAAGGGACCGAGAUGACAGUGCCUCUGACACAAGGACCAACUGAGGAUGAUAGAACGACAGCCUUGAAAAGUAGUGCUAUGAAGCCAGCUAUUAAAAAGCCAACACCAGUUGGAGAACUGGUUCAAAAAGGCUGGAUUGAUAACAAAGUUGGUGCAUAUAUUUGAGAACAUCUGUCAACAUGUACUACUAGCAUUGACAUGGUAUUUAGAGCAUUAAAUACAGAUUGCAUUCUCUUUUCAGGUCAGUUUGGACGCAGUCUGAUCAGAUAUAUACAAAAGGGGCAUACGCCUUGCCAUUGAUUAUGAUGGUACCAACAGAGAAUGUGUACACAAACAUUUUUAAUUUUUUACUUGAUGUAAGAAAAUACAAAAUAAACAAGGGCUGUUUGUAAAACAUGCAUGCCCCCCAUAUGGGCUGUCCGUUGUAGUGGCAGCCAUUGUUUGAAUACGAUUUUUGUCACUGUGACCUUGACCUUUGACCUAUUGACCUGAAAAUCAAUAAGGGUCAUCUGCGGGUCACGAUCAAUGUACCUAUGAAGUGUCAUGAUCCUAGGCAAAAGCGUUCUUGAGUUAUCAUCCGAAAAUCAUUUUACUAUUUCGGGUCACCGUGACCUUUGACCUUGUGACCUCAAAAUCAAUAGGGGUAAUCUGCAAGUCAUGAUCAAUCUACCUAUGAAGUUUCAUGAUCCUAGGCGUAUGCGUUCUUGAGUUAUCAUCCGAAAACCAUUUUACUAUUUCGGGUCACCGUGACCUUUGACCUAGUGACCUCAAAAUCAAUAGGGGUCAUCUGCGAGUCAUGAUCAAUCUACCCAUGAAGUUUCAUGAUCCUAGGCGUAUGCGUUCUUGAGUUAUCAUCCGGAAACCAUUUUACUAUUUCGGGUCAUGGUGACCUUGACCUUUGACCUAGUGACCUCAAAAUCAAUAGGGGUCAUCUGCAAGUCAUGAUCAAUCUACCCAUGAAGUUUCAUGAUCCUAGGCGUAUGCGUUCUUGAGUUAUCAUUCAAAAACCAUUUUACUAUUUCUGGUCACCGUGACCUUGACCUUUGACCUAGUGACCUCAAAAUCAAUAGGGGUCAUCUGCGAGUCAUGAUCAAUGUACCUAUGAAGUUUCAUGAUCCUAGGCCCAAGCGUUCUUGAGUUAUCAUCUGACAACCACCUGGUGGACGGACAGACCGACCGACAUGAGCAAAGCAAUAUACCCCCUCUUCUUCGAAGGGGGGCAUAAUAAAUCAUACCACAAACAAGUGCUGUCACAAUAUAUGCUAAAUGCCCCGAAGUAAGUGAAAACAGACACUUUUAACUGUGUGUUAUUACAAAACACACAGAAAUUUAACAAUGAACAAUAACUCUUCAAUACUGAAAGAUUUAUUAUUUUUGUACUCUUCACUGCCUGGCAGUGUUAAUUAUCAUUAUAUUAACUUCUGUAAGAUUCCCUUUUGUGCUUAAAGAGUAUAAUUCCAUAAUGAAAAACAAGAAAUGUGUUUGUCAUGUCCCCUUUGAAGCUAUAUAUUUGACCUUUGACCUUGAAGGAUGACCUUGACCUUUCACCACUCAAAAUGUGCAGCUCCAUGAGAUGCACAUGCAUGCCAAAUAUCAAGUUGCUAUCUUCAAUAUUGCAAAAGUUAUUGCAAAUGUUAAAGUUUGACGCAAACAAACAACCAACAAAGCAACGGACAGGGCAAAAACAAUAUGUCCCCCACUAUAGUGGUGGGGGACAUAAUAAAGAACACAAACUCAAGAACACUAAAGGAUUUUUGCAUUUUGCACUUAGCUAUUCAUUUCAAUGUACAGUAUUUAUAUCCGAAGUUUCAAUAUUUAAUUUCACAAAGAUCAAUGACUCCAUACAUAUAAAGGAAGAUUUACGGCUCCAGUACUUCCAGUACUAUACAACUUAUUUUCAUUAUAUGAAGCUUCAUUCGAAUCCCUUUAAUAGUUGUUGAUAUAUGAUCUGCAUAAUACAAAGGAGUUACAUUUCUUGCACUCUGCAUUUUUUUGCGAUGUUCACUAUAGAUCAAUAAAGUUGUAUUUUGA